GUUAACCAACUGGUAACGAUAUUUGAGUAAAUGCAUAUAGAAACAGUAACGGCGAUUGUGAACGCAUAUUCUCGUCCAACAUGCCCGAUAAUAGCAACAAAUUUAGUGAGUCGAACGACAUAAAAAUACCUGAAUGGAUCAAUGAGACUUAUUUUAAAAAAUUGCUAAGACGUGAGCUCAGCGAUUUUCGAAAAAUACUGAAUCUCUCAAUAAUUCCGGCCACACCGCCGGGCGAGAACUAUACCUCACUGCUAAUGCGCAUUAUCAUCGAUAUUGAAAUGAAAGAUGGCUUCACCCAGCAGAAAUCGUACAUUAUGAAGACUAUGUUGGACGACGAGGUAGGCGGUACUUUUAUCAAUUCUCUCAACAUUUUUCCCAAGGAGAAGAAAAUGUAUGAGCAAAUAAUACCACAACUGGAACAAAUAUAUGAACAGCAUGGUAAACAAAUAAAAUUCGCUCCAAAAUGUCAUUGGCUGGACAAUGUGAACGGUCGCAUCUGCUUGGUGCUGGAAGACCUUAAAACGAAAAAAUUUCAGAAUAUAAAUCGCCUGAAAGGUUUCGAUAUGACGCAAAUGAAACGCGUGUUGGAGAAAUUGGCAGAAUUCCAUGCAGCUACUGUGGUGUGGCGUCAAAAGAAUGGCCACUAUCCCGAGGAAUUUCAAAAGACUUACCUGCCUGCCAAUUAUCAGAAAUCCAAGUCGUAUCAGGCACGCGUACAGAGCUAUAAAAAUGCUAUGGUUUCUUGGGGUUUGCCGGACUACGAGCAAUAUGUGGAGCUUAUUCCCACUGCUGAGCAGUUUGUUCAGGCCGCUGCCCGCUGCUUUAAUACCGAUCCCAAGGAGUUUAAGGUCUUGAAUCAUGGCGACUUUUGGUCUAGCAAUAUAAUGCUUAGCUACACACAGACUGGGGAGGUCAAUCAGAUACGAUUUGUAGACUUUCAGCUAUGUAAAUGGGGCAGCCCGGCCCAAGACUUAUGGGAGGUGAUCAUAUGCUCGGCACAUCAUAGUAUACGCAUAAAGUAUUUCGACUAUUUUGUGCGAAAAUAUCACACUCAUCUCGUCCGUUGUCUCCAAUCCCUAAACUAUGGCAAAGUACCCCUGUUGAGGGAGCUACACAUGAGCAUGAUUAAGUACGGUUUCUGGGGCUACUUCACCACAUUCACACAUUUGGUGCUCAUUCUACUACCGGUGGACAAGGAGGCGAGUCUAUUGAAGCUGAUGCAGUCUGGCGACGAUGGGGAUCGUUUCCGCGCCAAGGCCUUCACCAAUCCCCUAUAUGUGCGUGCCGUCUUGCAUAUAUUUCCGUUUCUUCAUAGACGUGGCAUUUUAGAUUUCUCAUAAGAGUGCAAGAGACUAACAAACAAGAGUAUUUUAAUCAUUCUUUUAAUCUUAUCUUUAGGAUUUAUCUUUUGUUUAGU